AUGCCCAAGAUUCGCAAAGGUGAACUUGAGGUACUCAAUCAAUUAUUCGUCUUCGGCACUCAGUAUUGUGUUAGUGCCCCUUUGUGCAAAGCCGAGUACAACAAAUACAGAGAACAGCAAAUCAACAGUGUAUCGCUUUGCUCUCUUGGUUUAUUUGAUGAUUUAAUUUUAUUACUUCGUAAGGUCUCGUACGAUGACUUUCUCGAUCAAGUUUGGGAUUGGAAAGGUGGUCCUGAAAUUAACGAUCACGGCAAAAACUUCUUAAUUGUCUGCAAAUACAUAUUAUCAACAUUUCACCUAGUACAACGAACUCCACCAAUGCACGUAAUGAAUCAUGAAAGAUCUUUCUUUUGUGAAUCCAUUUUACCUGGGCUUUUAGCCUUGUCAAAAAUAACCAAGUUCAUUGAAUUUAAGUGGUAUGAAGCAAAGUACAAGGCUACCAAGGGUUUGUAUCUGAAGGAUGGCAAUUAUGACGGUCGUUUCACUCUACCUGAAAAAUACAUCGAUGCUUUGGGUAUUUUAAAAGGCACAAUAAUAUGGAGAUUGAGGUUUUUGAAUCAUCAAGGUAUUAAAUUGAGCGUAACUAUUAUUGAUAAUACUGGCAUGGUUGAAGAACACACAAGGUAUAUUAUUGAGGAUUCAAUGAAGAUUCUUGAAAGUAAUCUUGCUUCUUUGAGGGAGGAAACUUGUCAUUUUGAAAACGUCUCCCUAGAAACAUUCAAGGAAUUCAGUGCCUAUGGUGUGACCUUGACCAAGAUUCAUGACAAGCAGCGUUGGAAGAACAUUGAAAUGCGGUCAUCACAAAUUCCAAGAACAUGGGAUGAUCGUUUGCUAUUAUUGGAAUAUUUGGAAUUAUUGGGAACUCUUUAUAUUGAACUUUCAUAUUCACAGGAAGUUGAGAGUGUUGUAUCGCAGAUCCCAUUUGAUAUCUACGAUAUUACAAAGUUAAUUGAAGAACGCGUAAAUGUGGGUCGACCUUCUGGUCCGUUGGUUCGAUCAAUUAUGGAGUGA